CCCAGAGCAAACUUCCACCACUCCUUGUGACUUUUGGAAAUCUUGGGUGCAAGUGUGAGCUCUACAAGAAGCGUUAGCUCCAACCAGACCCGAAGAACAGCAUGAAGCUGGCAUACCUUUUCCUUGGCCCCAUGGCCCUCCUCCUCCUGACUGGCUGCUGCUGUGUUCUCAGCACCUCAGGUGGGAACCUGGGCACCUUUGUGGGCUGUGCCGUGCGGGAGUUUACUUUUGUGGCCAAGAAGCCAGGCUGCAGGGGCCUUCGGAUCACCACGGAUGCCUGCUGGGGCCGCUGUGAAACCUGGGAGAAGCCCAUUCUGGAAUCCCCCUACAUCGAAGCCUAUCAUCGAGUCUGUACCUACAAUGAGACCAAGCAGGUGAUCGUCAAGCUGCCCAGCUGUGCCCCAGGAGUCGACCCCUUCUACACCUACCCGGUGGCUGUCCGCUGUGACUGCGGGGCCUGUUCCACUGCCACCACCGAGUGUGACACCAUCUGAAACUGGCAUGGCCUGCAGAACACAGAUGGCAACCGUGAGCCUCACAGACCCACUGGCACAGGCAGCAGCACAAGCAGCUAUUACCCCCUGGAUCCAAGGACUGUUUAAGUUUGACCACACCUGUGGAGGAGGUUCCCUGUCUCCCUUAGUUCUAGCUCAGGCACAAGGCCCCAGAGAAAGCAUACUUAUGCUAAAAAUGCAAAAUGAUAUUUGUGCCUUCACCAAAAUAAUUUCUCUGGUUUACAUAUCUGCAAAUUAAUUGUUCUUCACCUGGAAGCUCAGAACAUAAUUUGUCUAUCACAACCUUCCCCCUAUUUGGA